AUGUCGGCGUCCGGCGACCGGAAAGUCGCCGUCGACGGCCGUUGUACUUGCUUUUCCGUCGACAACAGUGAUGAUGAUAACAAAUUGCAUGAUCGGAGUUGUCCGCAUUGUAGAAGAUCGAAUCUUCCUUCGUCGUCGUCUUCUGGUUCUUUGCUCAGCUUCGAAUCGAUUCCAGUACAAGAGUACGAUAAGCUUGGGAGAAUCUUCGCUGCCUCAGUCAAGGGUUUCACCAUUGGAGCUGGUCUCAAAGGCGGCCUAGCUCUCUUCUCUGUCCUUGCUCGCUUGCGUCGCAGACGUUUAUCUCCCUCUGCAAAGACAGCAAAAUGGAGGGCUUUGUUAGCCGGGGCGAUAGCAGGGCCUUCAAUGCUAUUGACUGGAUUGAACACCCAGCAUAACAGCUUGGCCAUUUAUAUUCUCAUGCGUGCUGCUGUCUUGGCAUCGCGAUGUGGAAUAAAAAGCAAGAGAUUUGGACGCAUUUGUAAACCUCUUACUUGGGCACAUGGAGACAUUUUCCUUAUGUGUCUCUCUUCUUCUCAAAUUCUGUAUGUUGUUUUGAGCUCCAUAUAUUGA